UUCUUUUUGGCCUCGGACGCCAUUUUAGAGUAAUCAAUCAAGAUGACCAACACAAAGGGGAAGAGGAGGGGGACACGUUACAUGUUCUCAAGACCCUUCCGCAAACAUGGUGUUGUUCCUCUCGCCACCUACAUGCGCAUCUAUAAGAAGGGUGACAUUGUUGACAUAAAGGGCAUGGGCACAAUUCAGAAAGGCAUGCCCCACAAAUGUUACCAUGGCAAGACAGGAAGAGUAUACAACAUUACUCAGCAUGCUGUGGGCAUUAUUGUGAACAAGAAAGUUAAGGGCAAGAUUCUCGCCAAGAGAAUUAAUGUGCGUAUUGAGCAUAUUAAGCACUCUAAGAGCAGAGACAGCUUCUUGCAGCGUGUGAAGGAAAACGAAAAAAAGAAAAAGGAAGCGAAGGAAAAGGGCACAUGGUUUGAAUUAAAACGCCAGCCUGCUCCUCCAAGAGAAGCCCACUUUGUGAGGAACAAUGGCAAAGAACCAGAGUUGCUGGAACCAAUUCCAUACGAAUUCAUGGCAUAGUGUAUAUGAACAAAAUAAAAUCUCUUGUAGAGGAUUGAAA